AUGAUGGAGAAAAUCAGGCUCUACUCUGAGACGACGCCUCUGCUCGAGGCCCAUGCCGCACGGCAACGACGUCGAUACCCGCACCAUGCCCUCCGUCUGCUCAGUACACUGCUCCCUGUCGCAGUAAUCCUCUUCUUGAUCCCCUCAAUUUGGUCUUACUUCCCCUGGGCGCACCCGCUACCCCAUGCAUCCUGGCCAGAAGGCAACGGACUCCCCUAUGAUCAAUUACAGCAGAUCCUCCUGAACACUCCGUCCGCGGCUAAAGUUCGCGAGUGGAGCUCUUACUAUACGGCUGGACCCCACCUGGCCGGCAAGAAUCUUAGCCAAGCUGUGUGGACAUUGGAGAAAUGGAAGGAAUUUGGCGUGGAAGACACGACUCUCGCGUCCUAUGACAUCUACUUGAACUACCCAGUAGAUAACCGUCUGGCUCUGUUGAAGAAGUCAGGCGGCAUCACCGAGGUGACCUUUGAGGCUACCUUGGAAGAAGAUGUGCUCGAGGAAGAUCCUACUUCUACUCUGCCAGACCGCGUGCCCGUUUUCCAUGGGUAUUCAGCCACUGGCAAUGUGACCGCUCAGUUCGUGUAUGCCAACUUUGGCACGUAUAAGGACUUUGAGGAUCUGGUGAACGCCGGUAUCGCAUUGGAAGGCAAGAUUGCCAUUGUCAAAUAUGGCGCCAUCUUGCGUGGUCUGAAGGUGAAGAGAGCACAGGAGCUCGGCAUGGUUGGCGUGAUUAUCUAUAGUGAUCCGCAGGAGGACGGCGAGAUCACAGAGGAAAAUGGUUACGAAACCUACCCCAACGGACCUGCACGGAACCCUAGUGCCAUCCAGAGGGGCAGCACACAGUUCAUAACCCUUAAUGGCCAUGGGCCUAAAGCAGAGGACUUCAACAAGGACUGGCAAGGCGGUGGUCUGGGCUACAAGGGUGUGGAAUACAACAUUGGCCCUUCUCCGGAAGAUGUGGUCAUCAACCUAGACAACCAGCAGGAGUACGUGACGACUCCAGUGUGGAAUGUCAUCGGUGUCAUCAAGGGACAUAUCCCCGAUGAGGUGAUCAUCCUUGGCAACCAUCGUGAUGCAUGGAUUGCUGGAGGUGCGGCCGACCCCAAUAGUGGAUCCGCAGCACUUAACGAGGUUGUGCGCAGCUUCGGUGAAGCUUUGAAGGCGGGAUGGAAGCCACUGCGCACUAUUGUCUUUGCUAGUUGGGACGGUGAAGAGUAUGGCCUUCUUGGCUCGACCGAGUGGGUUGAAGAUAACCUCCCCUGGCUCUCCAAGGCCAACGUCGCGUACUUGAAUGUUGAUGUGGCUGCGGCUGGCACUGAGUUUCAUCCUAGCGCCGCGCCUCUUCUAAACAAGGUUCUCUACGAGGUCACUAGCCUAGUGCAGUCGCCAAACCAAACUGUCCCCGGCCAGACGGUGCGCGAUGUUUGGGAUGGAAAGAUUGGAACUAUGGGUAGUGGAAGUGACUUCACUGCGUUCCAAGACUUUGCAGGUGUCGCCAGUCUAGACUUUGGAUUUGGCCGCGCAGCGACUGACCCCGUCUAUCACUAUCACUCCAACUACGACAGUUUUGCCUGGAUGGAGAAAUUCGGUGAUCACGACUGGAGCUACCAUAUUGCAUGCACCAAGCUGUGGGCACUAACAGCAGCACGACUUGUCGAGUCACCUUUGAUCGCCUUCAACGCCACUGAUUACGCCAAAGGGUUAGAAUCAUACCUGCACCAGAUUGAGCCGGCGGCGGAUAAUCUGCCCGAGGGGUUGUACUUCGACUUUGCAGAUCUAAACUUUGCUAUCCUUGAUUUCCACGAGUACGCCCGGCAAUUCGACGAGUACACUGCCGGUCUCGUCGGGAGACUGGGCGAGCACGUUCCAUGGUAUAAAUGGUGGAAGAAGGUCCAUCUUCUCUUCCAGAUCCGCGUCGCAAAUGACAAGUAUAAGGGUCUUGAGCGCGCGUUCCUGUACGAGCCUGGCCUUGACGGCCGUAGCUGGUUCAAGCACGUUGUUUUCGCCCCGGGUAUCUGGACUGGCUAUUCGGGCACAACCUACCCCGGAAUUGUGGAGAGCCUCGAAGCUGGCGACUUGGAAAAUGCCAAGAAAUGGAGCAGGAUUAUCCAGGAAAGGAUGAAGGCCGCUACGGAGCUGCUGGCAUAG